GACGUGACGGAGGCGACGGCGGCGCCGGGCGGGAUGGAGUGAGGGGGCGAGCGGCGGACAGAGCGCAGCCCACCGAGCCCCGGCCCCCUCCCCCCCACCUCUCUCUGGCCCGGGCUUAUGCGGCCCCCCAGAGACCAUGGGAUCCAGGAUCAAACAAAACCCGGAAACAACCUUUGAAGUUUAUGCAGAAGUGUCCUAUUCAGGAAUCAGUUGCACUGGGAAAGAUCCUGAGGUGCGGAGGCAAUUCCCAGAGGACUACAGUGACCAGGAAGUUCUACAGACUUUGACCAAGUUUUGUUUCCCGUUCUGUGUGGACAGCCAUGCAGUUAACCAAGUUGGGCAGAACUUUACAUUCGUGCUUACAGACAUUGACAGCAAACAGAGGUUUGGAUUCUGUCGCUUAUCUUCUGGAGCCAAGAGCUGCUUCUGUAUAUUAAGUUACCUCCCAUGGUUUGAAGUCUUUUAUAAGCUGCUCAAUGUCUUGGCAGAUUAUUCAGCAAAAGGACAGGAUAGUCAAAGGAGUGAGCUCCUAGAAACACUUCAUAAGCUUACCAUCCCUGAGCCAGGAACCUCUGUUCAUCUUGGAGUGCACUCUUACUUCACUGUGCCUGACAUCAGAGAGCUUCCUAGUAUACCUGAAAAUAGGAAUCUGACAGAGUAUUUUGUAGCAGUUGAUGUCAACAACAUGCUGCAUCUGUAUGCCAGUAUGCUGUAUGAACGCCGCAUCCUCAUUUGUUGUAGUAAGCUGAGCACUUUAACUGCCUGCAUUCAUGGGUCUGCAGCUAUGCUCUACCCGAUGUUCUGGCAGCAUGUUUACAUUCCUGUUCUGCCCCCACAUCUAUUGGACUACUGUUGUGCCCCAAUGCCCUACCUCAUUGGAAUACAUUUAAGUUUGAUGGAGAAAGUAAGAAACAUGGCCCUGGAAGAUGUAGUGAUUCUUAAUGUAGACACCAACACAUUGGAAACCCCUUUUGAUGACCUUCAGAGCCUUCCUAAUGAUGUGGUUUCUGCACUGAAGAACAGGUUGAAGAAAGUCUCCACAACCACUGGAGAUGGUGUUGCAAGAGCGUUUCUAAAAGCACAAGCGUCUUUCUUUGGGAGCUACAGAAAUGCCCUGAAAAUUGAACCUGGUGAACCCAUCACUUUUUGUGAAGAAUCAUUUGUGUCCCAUCGUUCUGCUGUUAUGAGGCAGUUUCUUCAGAAUGCCAUUCAACUCCAGCUCUUUAAGCAGUUCAUUGAUGGCCGUCUGGAUCUUCUUAACUCUGGAGAGGGCUUCAGUGAUGUUUUUGAAGAAGAGAUAAAUAUGGGAGAAUAUGCAGGGAGUGACAAACUGUACCACCAGUGGCUCUCUACAGUAAGGAAAGGAAGUGGAGCCAUUUUAAAUACAGUAAAGACCAAGGCUAACCCUGCCAUGAAGACUGUCUAUAAGUUUGCAAAAGAUCAUGCAAAAAUGGGAAUAAAAGAAGUGAAAAACCGCUUGAAGCAAAAGGACGUUGCUGAGAAUGGGUGUUCUGCAGCACCAGAGGAGUCUCUGCCAAGGACAGCAGCACCCUCUCCAUUGGGUGAAAAGAAGGACCCUAAAUUAAGAGAAGACAGAAGACCAAUCACAGUACAUUUUGGUCAGCAGCAAAGACUCCGUCCACCUCGGCCACCGCCUCCAAAGAUACAGCGGUCAUCUAGGCCCGUUCGCCCUCCAAGACCUCAUGUUGUUAAGAGACCCAGGAGCAAUAUUGCUGUGGAAGGACGAAGGACUUCAGUUUCUAGUCCAGAACACCUUGUAAAGCCCAUGCGACACUAUACAGUCUUCCUCUCUGAGGACUCUUCUGAUGAUGAAUUUCAGCAGGAAGAGGAUCCUGUCUUGGGCUUCUCAGAAAACUUUUUCUUCUCUGCUCCUUUUGAAUGGCCUCAGCCAUACCGGACCCUGAAAGAAUCUGAUAGUGCUGAUGGGGAGGAGGUGGUCAGUCCAGAAACAUCACGACAAGCUCUGCCUCCAAGCCCACUGCUCUCAAGCAAGCGCACAGAAAUCAACCUCCUUGAGGACAUUUUCCCAAGCUUAGAAGUCAAAACACAUCCCCAGCCUCUCAGCCAAGCAAAGAGCCUGGAGGACCUGCGGACACCCAAGGAAGAGGGAGAUGAGCGCUGCACCUUUGAGUACCAGAGAAUGGAUCUUGGUGUGUCUGAGAGGAACAGGAUUGUGCCGUCCAUGAAACUGUCUCACCCUUACAACAAGUUGUGGAGUAUGGGUCAUGAUGACAUGGCUGUUCCUACCAGGUACUCUCAAAGCUCAUCAGAAGGACCCUCAACUGCACUUGGUAACAUCCCACCAGUCACAGAGAGACCCCAGAGCAGAGACAGCAUUCUGGCUCCUGCAGAAAAGGAUGAAUCAAAUCCUGCCAUUCAAGGCAACAUCACCAUCCCAAGGCCACAGGGAAGAAAAACUCCUGAACUGGGGAUAGUGCCACCACCCCCAGCACCCAGAGCUUCCAAGCAUCAGACUGCAGCCGGGCCAGCAGAGCGUCUCACCACCCAUGCUGCAGGACGUAGCCACUUGGUUUCAGGUCUUACCCUAGAGCCCUUUGGAGCUGGUAGUGUGUCCAUAGACCCUGAAAUCCAGCAGUCUGUAAACUGUUCCUCUCAUCCCUCUCAGCUUUUGUCCAGUCCUACCAGCACUGUUGAGAUGCUCCAGCCUGUCAAGGUGAAGACAGAUAAUGCAGGUACUGAAAGUGACUUCCUUCUUAGUCUUCUGGAUCCACUGAAGACAGACAGCUGGCAAGGCACUGGCUCACAGCAAGGUCCCUGCAGCCUGCAAAGCUCAGCCACUCCACCUUCUGCAGGUGGCUUUGUCUCAGUGGCAGGUGACUUUGUGCCUUCUCCAGCUGCACCAUUUGUCCGGCCACUUGGUUAUCCUUCCCCAGCACCACCACCUUUUUUACAGCCCUCUCCUAACCCAUUCACACAAACAAUGCCAGGAGCUUUUUCAGUGUCUCUAGUUAGACCCCCGAGGGGCUCUUUCACCCCCUCUUUAGGUCAUGCUUACAGCUCUAGCUUCAUAACACCUCAUUCUAGCUUCUACCCACCACAAAGACCUCAACCAAACAUUUCAACGCUCUCCAUGCCAAACUUGUUUAGCCAGGCUCCAGCUGUGCCCCCAGCCAGCUCCUUACUGCUGGGGAGCCACAGCCCUUCCCCAGCAAACACUCUACAGCCUGCACGAUUAAGUGGCCCUCCUAAAACCAGAACAUUGCAGGCAGGCCAGUCCAGCUCAAAGGCAGAUCCGAAACAAGCAGUAGCUCUCCUGUCUAACGAACACCCAUUGAUACCUUCCCGGCCAACUAAGGGAUUAGAGUCAGUGUUAUUGUCCUCAAAAUCUGAGGAGACAAAAGAUCCAUUUGAAGAUUUGUUAAAAAAGACGAAGCAAGACGUGUCAUCCACACCAGGUAAGGUUGAGCAGCUCAGAAAGCGAUGGGAAACGUUUGAGUGACACUCAGUGUCCCUUUGGUAGCCCUUUGGAACUGACAGAGGGUUGUUUCAGUUUUUUUGAGCCAGCAUAAACCCAAGUAUUUCUUUUCUGGAAGGUUGAGCCAGGAUAGCUGCAGGACCAUCUCCGUGCUGAUUCACACACCAGUGCUUUUUGCCCUGAAUUCAGUCCCCCCAUUGUCCAGGUCACCUCACUCUCCACCACUGCAAACCCCCAUGACUUGCACUGACCAAAGCAAGAAGGUAAUUGGGUUUGGUUUGGUUUUCCACACACAGCUUUUCCCUACUACUGAAGCAGAAGUUCCCUGCCUCCUGUUUCCAGUUCUCAGCAGGGCAGGGAGCGUGGUCAGCCACACAGUCCAGGCUUCCUCUGCCUGGCUGAGAGGUGUUGGGUUUGCUUGCUUUACACACAGAGCUCUAGGGUUUUGCUUUCUCAUGUGAAGAGCAGAGUCAGGGGGCUCAGAGUUUGUCCUGUCUGGAAAUCACAUUCAUUUAGUUACGGCUUUGGGUGAGCUUUAGAUGCAGAUGUUUGAAUUCCCUCCCCUUGCAUGUUGGCACUGAGAGGAAACGGGGGCCUCUGGUACAGAAUUGUCCUAAUUCUUUGCUGCAACAAAACCUCAGCACAGAGCAAUUGCUCAGGGUUUGGUCCUGCAUUUCUGUUGAGAAACUGGAAACACCAGCAGUUUUUUUUCUUUUUGUGAGGGGAUUUUGAUAGUUUUGUUUUGCUUCUUUUUUGUUUAAUACAUCAGAAGAUAGAGGCCAUAAAGAAUAUCCUAGUUCUUGUAUAAUGUGUAUGUUAAUACUAUCUAUAAAUAUUAGAGAUGGCAGUAUCUGAAUGGGAUGUAACAAUAGCUGACUCGAUUAUUUAAACAAACAAAAAAAUGGGGCAUAAAAGCUGAUGAGUUCAAGUUAAAUGGCAGUGUGCUGACAAGAUGAAAGCUGCAGCUCCUCUGCACAGCCCCAGCCUGAGCCCAGCUCGGGGGUCAGUCCCUGCCAGGUGUCUGUCACCCCCAGCCCUCAGGAGUGCUGAUUGCUGCCUUGAAGCUCUGGGAUCUCAUUUGGGUCUGGAGAACCAGAGUCUUUAUCUCACUGCUGAUGAGAAGCUCUGCCUGGUGGAACAAGGCAUUAACUGGACUGUGACACAGACCAUGAGAUCAUGAAGUACAAAAAUGCAAUGGAAAGGUUAAAGGGUACGUUCAUUGGGAUUUUCUCAGACACUUAAUCUGUGGCAAUAGGAUUCUCAAAAAAUUUCAUCUUAAUCUUAGCAUCCUGUAUCAAACCUGCUGUCUUUGCAGUCAUCUUGGUUUAACUUAAGUGGUGCUUUUUUGUUUUGUAUUAGGGCACAAUCUGAUGUAAAUCAUGUUACUCUAGAAGAGGUAAUCACAUCACCAUUAAGCCUUUGAUAAAGGAAAUCACUUUGGACAGUUGGGGAAAUUCUUGUAAAGCUUUAUCUGAUUUCCAAUGUAUCUAUUUUAUGCAUAUAAUCUUGGGAGUUUUCUUAUUCUAGUGUAUGAAAAUGGCUGUCUGUGCGUUUGAGUCUGUGCAGUACGAAAGAAAAAUUUAAUAUCUGAAACACCAACAGUUUGGGAAAGACCAUAGAAUUACAUGAAUAUUGCAUUUCUAUAAAGUACUGGUACUCUGACAAGACAUUUAGUUGGAUUUGUAUUUUCUUUUUGUGUUGGAAGAGAGAUGGUUUUAGUAUUGCAUAGUAAAAUAUUUAAAGUCUAAGUUAAUAGCUCCAUUAUUUUUUUUGUAAGUUCAGAAUGAUGAAAGUUAUCUAUAAAUUCAGUCUGAAAUUUCAGAUCUCCCUAUAAGCUCAAUGAUAAAACUUUCUAAUUUAUGGUGGAUACGUACAGGCAUCAGAAAGUUCUGCAUAUGACAUGCCAUUUGCAUUUCACAUCCUCUUUGUCACAAGUGUUAAUGUCACAGCCUGGUGAUGUACUGAGUAGGCCAAUGCUUCAUGGAACAGGAAAAAAGCUCAGGUAAUUCUGUAUCGCUGCAAAUCAUUUUCCAUCUCUGCCCAUAUUAUGGAAUGUUUUGUGCAUUUUACUUUUAGACAAACAAGCACUCUUGGUUUACUCUUUUUUUAAGUCACUUUCGAGGCACUGAGGAGUAAUUAAACUCCAAACACCUGUCAUUAAUCACCCUUCACUUUGUUUUGAAGGGAAGGGAAGAGGUUGGACACACCCCUGAGAUCCAGGAGUAGAAGGCAGCACUCUCCUGGAGUUUGUGACCUUCCUCACUUCUUGACUGGAAUUUUUGAGCAGGAGACUGGUUUACAUGCUUCUCAUACUAAAGGAAUCAACCUAUCCCUAGGGCAGUAUUUUGGUUUUUUGUCUUAUUUAAACUCAGGAAUUCCUAACAUGAGUCAUUCCUAACAGUGCCAGAUGUAAGCAAGGUGUGCUUGUCUGGGAGCCCAGGCUUGGACGUAAAACAUUUCUUUUUCUGAUAUAGAAGUAUUUUUGAUGUUUUUAUUAAUCUAGUGUAAGAAGUGUUCCUUUUAUUGCUUGUCUGAUACAACUCAUCGAUGACUUUAUAUAGAGCUUUGUACAUCUUCCUGUACUGACUGUAGGUGAUUGUGUUUGGUACUGCUCUGCUAUUUACAGAUGCUUUCUUCCAUUAGAAAUAUCUUUUUAUUUUUUAAAAACCCAAUUCUUUAAUGUUUCUGAUGCUGUACAGAUGGUAAAAGCUUUUAUAUGUCUUGUUGAGUCAUUAAGUUAGAAAUUGGACACUGGAACUAGGAGCUGUCAAGACACAAGAAUUUUGUUGCUGAAGCCAACCUUACGUACUCGUGUUAAUUAUGAGCAGUUUGUGCUUUCUCUGCAUAUAGUAGGGAUGGGGGUUUUUUUAACCUGUAAUGAAUGGUCUGAGCUACUGA